CAACGGUUCAGGUUUUUCAAAUCGACCUUGGAUUUUUUCACAAAGAGUGCAGAGAGCAGCUUUGCAGCUCGCGAAGGGGACGAGGGGGGUAUGACUCUGAGAGAGUGAGAGAGAGAGAGACGGCGACGAGUUGCAUAUAUGUGCAAUUGCACGUGCGGUAAUGAGUUGAUCAGUUCAAGUGAAUAGCCGCUCCUUCGCACACUUCGCUCCUGCUUGCAAUCCCUCAGAUUUAAACUUGGCGAAAGCGGCUGGCAAUCAUUAUUUGGACAAUUUUUCACUGAAAAGAUUUGAGCAUGGUGAACAAAAAAGAAGCCAGCAGCAGCAAAAGCGUCGGCAUUGCGGCUAGAGCAAUUUCUCGAUCAUCCUCUUCGUCCAGCAGCAGCAACUCGAGUCCUGCGCCAAAGCCCGCUUCGAACCGCAUGUGCGCCCAGUGCCAAAACCACGGCCUCAAAAUUCCCGUUCGCGGACACAAACGUCGCUGCAAGUUCAGAUUGUGCAACUGUCAGAACUGUUUGCUGGUCAAGGAGCGGCAACGCAUUGUUGCUCUGCACCUGUACGUGCGCAGGGCGCAGCAGCAGGAGGAGGACGCGGCGGAGGCGGCCAAAGCGGCGGCCCUCAGCCGCAAUCCUCCCCUGCAGUCUCCACUCCUCGAAGGCGCAGAUUUGUACAGGGUGGCCGGGGUGGCGGCCCCCAUUCCCGACUACCAUCACUCCAACAGCGUGGCUGCCGCUGCCGUCAGCUCGGCCUAUUUGGUUGCCGAAGCGGAAAAACAGAGAAAAAAUAUUAUGUUUGAGGAACUGCUGAAGCUAAGAGACGAGUUCCAAAUAUCAGAGGAAGCAAUGCCUUUUCUUUUGUGCGUUUUGAAACUUACAGGAUCGUAUGAGGAAGCUUCUGUGAGAAUUAAAAAAGAACUAAACGAGUUAAAUGCUCUGCCAGGACAGCCUGGAUUUAAAAAGAGCAUCCACUUGUCAGCAUUUUCAAGCAUGCACCGUCCAUACUUUAUGUAAAUUUUUGCACUUUAAAAGUUCUGAGGUUAAACACUUUGCUGAUACAAAAAAGUUUUCAUCAAUAAAUGCAAAAGUGGAAAAAGCUAUCGGAAAAUUUAUACACAUCCUUAAUAUUUUGUAUGAAAUAAAAGUAUUAAAAAUAUAAGAAAUUAAUUAUCAUUAAUUAUUGUUGUGCGGCGAUUCGGAUGCAUAAUUCAUGUUAUUUUUUAAAGUUGAUUUUUUUAUGCUCGUCCCCUUAUCUUGUAUUUCUCCUCACAGCGAUACAUUGGCGACACCUUGUGUGUGAUACAAAUAAAUUAGUAUGAUUUUGAUUUCUCCUGUGA